AUGGCUGAAGACGAUAUUGCUGCACUGGUGGUUGACAAUGGUUCAGGCAUGUGCAAGGCUGGUUUUGCAGGAGACGAUGCUCCCCGUGCUGUCUUCCCCUCCAUUGUUGGAAGACCCAGACAUCAGGGUGUGAUGGUGGGCAUGGGACAGAAGGACAGCUACGUGGGCGACGAGGCCCAGAGCAAGAGGGGCAUCCUGACUCUGAAGUACCCCAUCGAGCACGGCAUUGUUACCAACUGGGACGACAUGGAGAAGAUCUGGCACCACACCUUCUACAAUGAGCUGCGUGUGGCCCCCGAAGAGCAUCCAGUCCUGCUCACAGAGGCCCCACUCAACCCCAAAGCCAACAGGGAGAAGAUGACCCAGAUCAUGUUUGAGACCUUCAACAGCCCAGCCAUGUAUGUAGGUAUCCAGGCCGUGCUUUCUUUGUACGCAUCUGGUCGCACCACAGGAAUCGUGAUGGAUUCCGGGGAUGGCGUUAGCCACACGGUGCCCAUCUACGAAGGCUACGCUCUUCCCCACGCCAUCCUGCGUCUGGACCUGGCGGGACGCGACCUCACGGACUACCUAAUGAAGAUCCUGACUGAGCGUGGUUACAGCUUCACCACCACGGCCGAGAGGGAGAUUGUGCGCGACAUCAAGGAGAAGCUGGCCUACGUGGCUCUGGACUUUGAGCAGGAGAUGAGGACCUCUGCUGCCAGUUCCUCUCUGGAGAAGAGCUACGAGCUGCCUGAUGGACAGGUCAUCACUAUCGGCAACGAGCGCUUCCGGUGCCCUGAGACCAUGUUCCAGCCGUCCUUCAUUGGAAUGGAAAGCACUGGAGUGCACGAGACCACCUACAACUCUAUCAUGAAGUGUGACGUGGACAUCAGGAAAGACCUGUAUGCCAACACUGUUCUCUCUGGUGGAACCACCAUGUUCCCUGGCAUCGCCGAUAGAAUGCAGAAGGAGAUCAGUAGCUUGGCACCCCCUACUAUGAAGAUUAAGAUCAUCGCCCCUCCCGAGCGUAAAUACUCUGUGUGGAUUGGCGGCUCCAUCCUGGCCUCUCUCUCCACCUUCCAACAGAUGUGGAUUUCCAAGCAGGAAUAUGAGGAAUCCGGUCCGUCUAUUGUCCACCGCAAAUGUUUCUAA